UGAUGUCACGUGUUGUCCUGUGAUGUCACAUGUUGUCCUGUGAUGUCACAUGUUGUCCUGUGAUGUCAUCAUACCAGGGGACCCACACGGGGAAUGCUGAGGGCUUCAAGAUCAGCACGCUGCUCAAACUGACCGAACCCAAAGCCAACAAGUCCAGAAUCACUCUGCUUCACCACAUCCUGCAGGAGGUGGAGCAGAGCUAUCCCGACCUGUUGAACCUACCUGAUGACCUGGAGAUGGGUGCAAAGGCUGCUGGGUUGAAUCUGGAGUCACUUCAGUGUGAAAGCAGCGCUCUGAUCAAGCAGCUGAAAAACUCUGAGCAGAGACUCUCCUGUUCCUCUGAGGACCUGAAGGAGCAGUACCUGACCCCCAUACAGGAGAGCCUGCAGGCGUUGGAGAUGCUGCAUCAGCUGUUGUCCUCGUUGGAGGACAAGAAGACACACCUGUCGGUCUACCUGUGUGAGGACAGCAGCAGCUUCUCCAUCGAAGAACUCUUCAACACCAUCAGAACCUUCAGAGGACUGUUCCUCAGGGCCAUCCAGGAGAACGAGAGCCGCAGGCUGCAGGAGAGGAGGAGGACGCAGCAGGAGGAGGAGAGGAAACGCAAAGGAGACACCUACAAGUUCAACAGGAAGGAGCCGGCCAAUCAGGAGCAAGGCUGCAUCAUCGACAACCUGCUGGCCGAGAUCAAGAAGGGCUACAAUCUGAACAAGACCAGACCACCAACUGACAGACCCAGCAGAGUCCACGAUCAUCCUGAGGUCAUACAGGGGUCCUUGGCUGUGGACAAGCCAGACUUGUUCUCCUUCAGCCAAUCAGAGAAGUCUGCAGAACCACCAGUCCGGACUCAUUCAGGUUCACCAGCUAAGACUAAUAAAAGCCCCCCUGACUCUAUCAGACCUUCUGGACCUUCAGCCUCCCCUGCUGCUGCUGACACUGAAGGAGACCAGAACCCAACCAGAGUCCAGGAUUUUAAAUUGGACACUGGACCUGACCUUGACACUACAGAUGGAAGUCCUUUAGGGGGUAAGGGGGUCCAGGCCGGACCAGACGAGUCCAGAGAGAACGUCGAUGUAAACACAGAGGAAGACUCUGCGUUUGAGGAGAUCACAUCGUUUGAAGUGAGGAUGACGAUGUCCAAAGAUGAUCCAGCUCCUCGUCCAGCAAAGAGGUCCAUGACCAGUCAUCAAGGGGGAGCCAAACACAAAACCUGGACAGGAUGUGUGUCACACUGAGGAACGACCGGCCAGAAAGCUUCUCUGGUUGCAGGUGAUAACAGGAGGACUUGUCUCCAUGGCGACAGGACUGAAUGUGUUUCCACAGAGAGAGAAUAACCCUGAUGAGAGAGGAGGAGGUCUGACAGCUGAUUGGUUACUGGUUUGAUUAUUGAUUGAUUCCAGAUCAGAGAAAUAAAACUGUUUAAUGAAAAAAAAAAAAGUGUCAAAGAUCAUGUAAAGAGUCCCAUCGCUAUGACAACCAGCUCACAUUAACUGAUGCUACAGACACAAAACACUGAUUUAAAG